UAGCGUUGUGUGUUUAUUUUUUUUUUCUAUCAUCCUAAACCAGUCAGACAAGCAGAGACGGCUAAAAAUGCUAAUGAGCACUCCAGUGAUUGUCACAGAAAAAUAAUGUUUAUAUCAACGAAGAUACACGUUCUCAGGAUUUAACCCAGUAUCUUACACAAUGAAUCACAACUCCAGCAAACGUGGGAUUUGAUACACGGGUGGACUUUCAGCCCGUUCUCCACGAGUAUGAACUUUGACCUGAAACGCCCCCAUCCCAGCAUUGUUUACGCAAGUCGCCCAUCGAUGUGUGAAAGAAAUUGGACGUGUGAUGAUGCCAGCUGACUGGUCUUUCCGCCGCUUCCUCCUGCCCGUCGCCACUUGGCAGUGCGAGUGACCUGGCAGGGCCGUACGCGGCCGCCAUGUCGGUGACCGUCCACGAGAAUCGCAAGUCCCGCACCAGCACGGGCUCCAUGAACAUCUCGCUGUUCCACAAGCCGUCGCACCCCGACAGCGUCCUGACCCACCUGAACACGCUGCGGAAGCAGUGCAUGUUCACCGACGUCACGCUGUGGGCCGGGGAUCGCUCCUUUCCGUGCCACAGGGUCGUCCUGGCGGCGUGCAGCAGGUAUUUUGAGGCCAUGUUCAGCGGAGGGCUACGGGAGAGUCUGGACAGCGACGUCAACUUCCGAGACAGCAUUCACCCCGAGGUCCUGGAGCUCCUGCUGGACUUUGCCUAUUCGUCUCGAGUCAUCAUCAACGAGGAGAACGCCGAGUCGCUGCUGGAGGCCGGCGACAUGCUGCAGUUCCACGACAUUCGGGACGCCGCAGCCGAGUUCUUGGAGAAGAACCUGCACUCCUCCAACUGCCUGGGGAUGAUGCUGCUGUCGGACGCCCAUCAGUGCAAAAGGCUGUACGAGCUGUCGUGGAGGAUGUGUCUGCUGCACUACGAGACGGUGAGAGAAUCUGAGGAUUUCUACAGCCUCUCUAAAGAAAAGCUGCUGGAGCUCAUCCUCAGCGACGAGCUGGAGAUCGAAGAUGAGCAGGUGGUGUUCAGCUCCGUGAUGCGCUGGCUCCGGUACGACCUGGAGGGUCGGCGUCACCAUUUACCGGAGCUGCUGAGGGGCGUCAGGCUGGCGCUGCUGCCCUCCGAGUGCCUGCUGGAGGCCGUGGCCUGUGAAGAGCUGGUCAUGGCGGACAAAAGGAGCAGGUCAAUCGUCGAAGAGGCAAUGCAGUGCAAGAAGAAAAUCCUCCAGAACGAUGGAGUAGUGACCAGUCCCUGUGCUCGGCCGCGUAAGGCUGGCCACACGCUGCUUAUACUGGGAGGCCAGACCUUCAUGUGUGACAAGAUAUACCAGGUUGACCACAAAGCCAAGGAGAUCAUUCCCAAGGCAGAGCUCCCCAGCCCCAGGAAGGAGUUCAGUGCGUGCGCCAUCGGCUGCAAGGUCUACGUCACCGGAGGACGAGGGUCUGAGAACGGCGUCUCUAAAGACGUCUGGAUCUAUGACACCGUCCACGAGGAGUGGUCUAAAGGAGCGCCCAUGCUAAUAGCCAGGUUCGGCCACGGUUCCGCCGAGCUGGAGAAUAGUCUCUACGUCGUCGGAGGUCAUACGGCCAUAGCGGGAGUUUUUCCUGCUUCUCCAUCCGUCUCCCUAAAACAGGUGGAGAGGUAUGACCCCCUCAGCAACAAAUGGACCAUGAUGGCUCCUCUGAGGGACGGCGUGAGCAACGCUGCCGUGGUCAGCGCCAAACUCAAGCUCUUUGUUUUCGGGGGGACGACCAUUCACAGAGACAAGGCCUCCAAGGUCGGUGGAUUUGUCCAGUGCUACGACCCCGCGGGUAACCGCUGGAACAUCGCGGCCGAAUGCCCCCAGCCGUGGCGCUACACGGCGGCCGCUGUCCUGGGCAGCCAGAUCUUCAUCAUGGGCGGCGACACCGAAUUCACCGCCGUCUCCGCCUACCGCUUCGACUGCGACACCAACCAGUGGACCCGGGUCGGGGACAUGACCUCGAAGCGGAUGAGCUGCCACGCCGUGGCCUCCGGGAACAAGCUGUACGUGGUGGGCGGUUACUUCGGGACGCAGCGGUGUAAAACGUUGGACUGCUACGACCCCACGUCGGACAGCUGGAACUCCAUCACCACGGUGCCUUACUCGCUCAUCCCCACCGCCUUCGUCAGCACAUGGAAGCACCUGCCGGCCUGACGGGAUCAUCCCAGGCAUCGAUUGUCCGCUGGGGGAGGAUCUUCUGCUGCUCCACACAGGACCAGGGGGCAAAAAACAAAAGCUGCACCUCACGGACUGUGGAUCAGCCCUGAGCGGUGUAACAGCAACACACACACACACACACACACACACACACACACACACACUCCUCUCCGUGUGAGGCUCCUCAAACAGGCUCUGGAUGGACGCACGUCGCUGAGUGCUUCUUUUUUUAUGGCAAGAGGUUUGUGUGUUUCUUUAAUGUUUUAGUUCUAAAUUCACUACUUUUUUUUCUCUUUUCAUGCGUUUUUAAAACUACCAAAAGAGAUUUUUUCCCCCCCUUGCGAGCUGUAAAUGAAACAUUCCCUGACUGUUAUGUGUGGGCUUCUAUUAGAGGCUUUGUACGUGCAUUUGAGAACACAAUGGACAGUUGGUACGAUGAGUAAAGUGAUCAUGUUGACGCCACUAAGUGUUUCCAUUAGUACGAACUCACUGAGCAAACGUCUGAGCUCUGCUGUGUUGUUCCACAUUCACAGAGUUCUGUACAGCACAAUGUUUAAUGUGAGUCCCCUCAAACGGGAGGAAUCAGCUACUAGUGACGCUCGGGCAGCUAUUUUAAACUCCACAGCCGCACACAACAAAUCAAUACAUGUGACUGCAGUGAGACCUCUGGUUUUCUGCUCUGCCACAAACCAGUUAAAUAGAACUUCAGAUAUUGGACUGAAGAAUUGAUGCUGGCGCUUUAUUAAGAUCUGUAACCACGAGAGGAUCUGUUGGCAUCAGAUCUUCUGGUCUCCAGCCUGAGCCCACAAAGACAUGAGGUCACUGAACCACGGCCACUGGAGCGGUUAGCUAAUAUGGCUAACAUGCUAACUAGUUUCUGAUGAGGGAAGUCUGACCAGCAGGAGUCGACUCCUGUGAUUCUAUGGAAGUCGACGAGACAAGGACUUGAUCUACACUAUUAAACAGGAGUUUAUGGUUUCAUGAAGCAGAGUAUUACAGGUCAUUUAGCUUCUAUCCAAAGCGAAGCUAUUUUCUUCAUUUUCAGCAUUGCCUUUAAAUCGUGAUGACUGAGGAUUCUUUUGGCAUCGCUUUCUACCAGAGAGCAAAAUCUAUUUCUAUUCUAUCUAUUUCUAAAAUCUAUUUUAUUUUAUAUCAGUCCUGACAGAAGUUAAGUUGGAUUUAUAGACUAUAUAAAUCAUUUAUAUAAAAUGUGAGGCAACUAAUCCAGUCUACAAAAGACAAAGUUAGUCCAAUUCUACCGAAUAAAGAAUCUCUCUCUCUGCCUCUUACCUUGUUAAUUCCAAUAUAAAUGUGUGUGACACCUUCACACAAAUCAGAUCAGAGCGAUGCAUUGUGGGUGUGGGCGGGACUUGAAUGCGCUCUGUCUCUAUACGCUACCUAUUGUUUGGUGACUGGGAGUUCUUCUCGAAGGCAAAGUGUUAAAGUGUUUCAACCCGUCGUAUCAUUUCUGUGGGACGAGGCUGCAUCCAACAAAAGACCAAAUAUCUUCAAGUCGGAGACGCAGUAGAUGUCCGCUGGUGGAACCUGGUCAAGAACAGAAGAAACAACUUUUAAACACAUUCUUCCGUGCUUUCCAAACAAUUCUUUGUCUUUACCUCCAGAAAUAUUACAGUAAAAUGCACAGGAAACGCUGGUUGUGGAUUUUUUUUCUGUAGAAAUUGAAAUGCACAAAUGACAGAUCUGAACGUCUUAAGUUGCAGGUGUCCUGCUUGUGUUACCAGGAGCAUCUUUCAGUGCUGUUGUGUUUUAAGUGUACGAGUAGCUGUCGCCUCGUGCACAGCGUUACCUGCAGAAAGCUUCACUGCCAAAGAGCCGUUGUGAACCAGGAGCUGAGCCCUAACUGAAUGAUGUGAAAUGUGGUAUUUUUCUGUAACCCCUAUGCACUUUUGAUAUUGAUCAAUGCAUUGGAUAGCAGUGACGUGUCCUACGCUGUCCCAGAGGUAUGGGAUGUCUGGUACAUGCGGGAGAUCACACCAGCUUUCACUACACGGCUGGUACUAUGGCACAGAAAGGACCCACGAGAAUUCUGCAGGACACUGAUGCAUUGUCUCUGUGACACGGUGUCCCCCGGCGCUGUCCCCUUGCCAAGCGUGAGGAGACUGCAGAGAGAGGGCGGGGCCUCACUUCUUGGAUUUCAGCAGAAGUGAAGAGAUGCUCAGAAAUACUCUGCGCCUGUUUUUAGAAUUUCAAGUGUUUUUGGGUGAACGAAGGACUUUUAAACAAUGUGGAAAAAUUGAAGGAACUUCUUAGAGGAAAAAACAUUAAGAUGUGUGUGUGUGUUUUGACCAGUGAAAAUAAACUCACUUUUAUGAA